AAUGUAGAUAUUGUGCAUCUCCUUUACAUGCAUUUUCUAGAGACGUGGUUUUUGCAGACAUGCUACACAGACCUCUACCACAGAUCCCGAAGCUGUAGGGGACAAGGGGACAGAAGGGACCUGACAGCCAAGGAGGUCUUCCCCCUCACCAGCUCCGGAAUGGAGUAUUUGUUCAAAAGAAGGAGAGUCCUGAAAACUUGUAUAACUUUGUCUUUGGUGUUUGCCACACUGGUGACUAUUCAUAAACUAAAACUAGUGGAGGAAGGGGCAAAAGGCAGCUUGGCAUUUCACACCAGGAUCAUGCAUGAGUGGCUACAGCCGGACAAUAGCUCCUCAAAGAGUAACAGCGACAGGACUGGUAAUCCUAGAAUUCCUGAAGCCGUGGACCUACCACCACCAAGGUGGGACAUUAACGAAAGCAGAUGCCCUGAAAAUACAGCUUUAAGGAGGCAACCCUGGUUCAAGCACGUGGACCCAAGGUUCCAUCAGUUCAUCUUCCACAGGCAUUGCAGAUAUUUCCCACUGCUGCUCAACCACCCUGAAAAAUGCCAAGGAGAUAUUCACCUACUCAUAGUGGUCAAGUCCAUAAUUGAGCAACACGACCGACGGGAUGCUGUGAGAAGGACUUGGGGCAAAGAGAAGGAGGUUGACGGGAAGAAAAUCAGGACCCUUUUCCUCUUGGGGACCACAUCUACAGGGAAAGACCACUGGAACCUCCAGAGACUUAUUGAGCAGGAGGACCACAUUUACGGAGACAUCCUUCAGUGGGAUUUCAUGGAUACCUUCUUCAACUUGACCCUUAAAGAAGUCAACUUCCUAAAGUGGUUCCACAUCUACUGCCCUAGCGUGGAGUUUAUUUUCAAAGGCGAUGAUGACAUUUUUGUGAACACUGAAAACGUUUUAGAUUUCAUAGCCUUCAAGAAGGACGACCCCUUGUUGCCUAGCUUAUUCGUAGGGGAUAUCAUUUCUCGAGCAGUUCCCAUUAGGAACAAACAGAGCAAAUACUUUAUCCCCAAAGAACUGUACGACAAACCCUACCCAGUAUAUGCUGGUGGUGGGGGAUUCCUAAUGGCUUCUCCCUUAGCUAGAAGACUGUUUGUAGCCUCUGAGGGCAUACAGUUGUUUCCCAUUGACGACGUGUUUUUGGGACUGUGCCUAAAGUCCAUAGGAGUAGAGCCCAAGUUACAUCCCGGGUUUAGGACAUUUGGAAUUAGUAAGAAAAAAUCUAGCGCGAUGAAUAAGGACCCUUGUUUCUACAAGAGCUUGUUGGUGGUCCACAAGCUCAGCUCGCAGGAUCUCCUUAAAAUGUGGGAGGUUGUCCACCAUGAAAAAAUCAACUGUGGUAAAGAGGUUCAUUUUUAA